AUGUCGCCAGCGGCCCUCACUCCCGAGCCAUCAUUCCAGGUUCUACCACUUGUCAAACGCAAGGAUCAGAAGCUCAAUUUCGGUGCCAUUGUGGAGGGACUAGAUCUAAACCAUAUUUCCGAUGACGAUGUCAAGCAGUUGAAGGAGACAAUAUGGACACACAAGGUCAUUAUUGUCAGGGGCCAAAAGGAUCUCACGCCCGAGAAGCACUGGGAGCUUGUCACACGCUUCGACCCAGACGCUUCUCAGGUGCAUAGCCACGGCAACCUGGAGACGUUUCAAAAGAAAGGCGGCAUGCUGUCCAAAUCUCGUGACGUCUAUGGUAUUCCCGGAGCAGAGAAUGUGCGCCUGGUUGGUAAAGGAUACCAAGGCGAGGAUCAUUAUGGACUCAAGAACCUCAACGUGAAAGGCCUAUCGAACGACUUCCACGCCGAUCCGCCGGACGACAAGGAUUUCCAGGAAGGCUUCACACGCUUUCAGAGAUGGCACAUCGAUGCGCCGCUGUACGCCCGCGAUCCAGCCUGGUUCACAACCCUGCGAGCAGUCAAGCUCCCCUCUGGACCGGAGGUGACCAUCCGAUGGGACGACGGGUCUGGCCUCAGUAUGAAAGCGCCGCCGGGCCUGACCGCGUUCUUCAGCACGUCCCAGCUCUACGACAUGCUCAGCGACGACGAAAAGCAGCUCGCCGACCACAGCUGGGUUGAGUACGCUCCGUACCCGUACAUGUGGAUCGAGAACUGCAAGGCGCCCUCGACGGGACUAGGCCUCAAAUCCGAGGGCAAAGAACACACGAUUGAGGAACUAGGCGAGUAUGACGAGAAAGACAUCAAGAGAUAUCCAUUCGUCUGGCUGAACCCCGUGACCGGGGAGAAAGCGUUCCAAGUCCACGGGCUGGCCGCGCGAAAACUCUUCCUCCGGUCGUCCCUCGACGAACAGCCCAAAGUCAUCGACAAGGUCGAGGACAUCCGCGCCUUUUUGCACAACAUCCAAUCCCGCGUCCUCCGGCCCGAGUACAUCUGGCUCCCGGAAAUCCAAGAGGGCGAUAUCGUCAUGUGGGACAACUACGGCAUGUUCCACACCGCGGUCGAUUACCCGCUCAAGUACGGUCCCAGGUCCAUGCACCAGGCCAAUAUUGGCGCGAGCAAGGGGCCUGUCGGGCCGGUGCCCAUCCCUACUUCUGUCUGCUGA